AUGCCCCCUAGAAGAUCCUACAAGAAGAGAUAUGAAGCAGACCAAACCGAUCGUCCAAAAGAGCGCAUUGAGAAUAUGACCAUGGCUGAAGCGGGACGUGAACUACAGCGGCUCACCAGAAACAUCAUGCUCGCUAAACGGAAUAUAAAGCGCUGGGAAUCAGAGCAUGAAGAGCUUAUAGCCCGUUUCUACAAUUCCGAGGGAAAGAUAGUCGUGCCACCAGCAGUGGAUGAAAAGACCAGUGUGACUGCUGUUCAAGGCGAGAGUACUGGUGAAGACUUCCCGCUGAAGGGAGCUACCAAUGAGCAUGGGCAGACUCCCGAAGUUCCCGAGAGUGACGAGGUCAUGGGAGAGGGAAAUAUGGAUUUGGAUGAGGACGCACAAUGUGAAAGAACUAGUGAUGUUCGCGGCGAUGCUGAUGGUUGCUUACAAGAGGUAGCCACGACUGCUACCGCCGGUUGCGACGAUCAGCUUCUUCCCGAUGCUGGGGACGUUGGUUGUUUGGAGGAUUUGAUGGAUUCCACAGAUGAACCGAAGGGUGAAGAGGAUUGCUUGAAGUCUGCCCUUGGGUCCCUGACCAUCAAUGUUUAG